GGAGGAGGGCUGGCAGAAGGCUCCUGGCGCUGGCCAAUGGGCCCUUAGCCCCCCGGACAGGGCUUGACCCGCCGCCUGCCUCCCUGCCUCCCUCCCGAGGCUGGCUUUCAGCACCCAGGAGAGCGCCGCAAGAGGAUCAGAGCCCUUCCCGGGCCAAGAGACAGAGAGAGCAGUCUCCCUCCGGACCACCGGGCACCAUGGCCACCGAGGUCCACAAUCUCCAAGAACUACGGCGGAGUGCUUCACUGGCCACAAAGGUUUUUGUACAGCGAGAUUACAGUGAUGGGACCAUCUGCCAGUUCCAAACCAAAUUUCCUCCAGAGUUGGACAGUCGGAUCGAACGGCACCUUUUUGAGGAUACAGUGAAGACCCUCAACAACUUCUAUGCAGAAGCUGAGAAAAUUGGAGGCAGCUCCUACCUGGAGGGAUGCCUGGCCUGCGCUACAGCCUACUUCAUCUUCCUCUGCAUGGAGACCCAUUAUGAGAAGGUUUUGAAGAAGAUCUCCAAGUAUAUCCAAGAGCAGAAUGAGAAAAUUUAUGCUCCACGAGGGUUACUGCUGACAGACCCAGUAGAACGAGGCAUGCGGGUUAUUGAGAUCUCCAUCUAUGAGGAUCGUUGCAGCAGUUCCAGCUCAGGGAGCUCCAGCAGUGCCAGCAGCAGUGCUGGGGGUGGAGGUGGGGGGGCAGGGGGCCGGUGACUGGCACAGAGUCCCGGCAGGGACUUGUACUGCCGGGACGAUGGUGUCUCCGAGAUCCGCAGACUACGCUAUCAGAGCACUCGCUUCUGAGCUCCCCCGGGUGGGGUGGGUGGGAGGCCAGCAAGGAGUGUUGUGAUACCUUUGGGGUUUACAACAACUCACAAGAGAAAUGCCACUCUUAGGGGAUGCUUGAACUCAGCCUGGGAGGUGGGUCAUUCCUUCCCCUAAGUGUCUCACUCCUUAUGGCUCAGGCCUUGAUAGCCAGGCUGUGACACUGACAUUUCCUGUGGGCUCCUGGGGACACUGUGCCACCUUAGAUGCCCAGAUGUGUCAUUGCCUAUGUUCUGUGCCUGCCACAAGCUAUAGGCUGUCAUCCCAAAUGAUGAUACCCUCUUGCAAGACCAACAAGAAUGAAUCCAGCACCGUGAGCUCGAAUGGGAUGGGGCUGGCUGAGGGGAUUGGUGUGUUUAGGAUGCUGUUACAACCCUUUCCCCAAGCACCACCAUCCUAAACGUUGCACUGACAUGCUGUCUUAGCUCUUGCCUUUGCCUACAACUUUCUGCAUGUCACUUUCUUGGCACUUUGAGGCUUGCUGGGUGCUUAGAGCAUUGGGUGCUCACAGUGGUAUGGGGCAGCUGCCUCACCAAGUGCCUGCGUCCUCCCCCUUACUUACAAUUUGAGCACCUGAAAUGGCAAAAGUGUGCCUUUUGCUGAUGGCAAGAUAUCAGCUGUACAAGGGCAUCAUGGAAUAUGUCCUAUGCCUUGGAUCCUUAUAGGGCAUUCAAAGGGCAGGGGGUGUCUAUGGUGUUAGAGGAGAAUGGGUGUGUGAUUAUUAGAAGAUGGGACACGUUGGAGGUGCUCUGGGGAAGGACUAGCAGCUAUUAACUAGUUCAGCCCAGUUCAGCCCAAGCAGCAUCUUUGGGGCAUGUGUGUACAUAUUUAAUAUAGCCCUAGCCACCAAUGUUCCAACCCCACUGUCAAACUCACACUGUUGCAUUGUUUUCUGGCAAAAAGGAUGAAAAUAAAGGAGGACUCUAACCCCAAGCUGGGCAUAGAUAGGUUUAAUCCCCCCCCCCCUGCUUGCAAUCCUUCACUCUCUGCUAUCACCUACAUACUGGUGUUCUGCAGCAUCAUCUGAUUGCUUGCAUGCACAGGUUGCUUUCUUGUUGCAUGUGCUCCUCCCUGUCUCCCCUCCCCUGGUGUAAAUAGCGUUUGGGGCCCUGCAUAUAUAUGUAACCCUCUGGAUGCUGGUGCUUUAUCACUACUUCUCUGAGGCCUUUUAGUAGCACUCUGUACAACAAGAUGGGAAGGCAAAGAGAGAAGACUGUCCCAGGCUGCCCAAUGAACAGGUAUCCAAAUAAGGAAUGAAGCCUGCCCCACUCAACUCAGUUUCAGCAAUAAACAGCAGCUCCUCAAAUGCUUCCAACUUCUCACACACUGCAUACCUCCUCCUCUUGCCACAAGAAAAUAAUUAUUCAUGCCUUCUGGGCAGGAAGAAGAUUAUCCUGUGGAGAGUUGAUGCCUGGAUACUAUUAAGGUAGGAAAGUGAAUUGAAUGCUUGGCCUAGACAGACUCUGCUGUGACUCAGCUACUUCAUUAGUGCUCUAAACAUCUUGAAUUCAGAGGAAGACUUCCUUCUUUUUGUUGGUAGGAAGGGAUUUGGUGAGUGAGCAGAACCUGUUUUGUGCCCCAGGGUGAUGAAAGUGUUGCAGGGGUUAUGGCAGAGGCACAGAGAUUAGGCCAGUGUGGACCUGGGAGGGCUUUCCUGUGUGCCAAGAUGCCAUGAACAGCUGCUUCCCAUGCCAUAUGUCGGGUAUCACUUGUGCCACAUGAAUCUGGUGAUGAUUGUAUGCCUCUGUCUCCAUAUGGAAACCUCUGAUAAUAAAUUCCAAGUGAGAAUCAA